CGCGCGAAUACAAAUAAUCGGAGUGUGCUAAAAGUAGAAGGAGUUGCAGCUGAACACAUGGCAUGGCCGUCGAUAUGGACAUGGAUACCAUAAAAAUGCUGUCGACAAGCCAAGAAGAAGCCAACCAGUCCGACUCCAACUGGAAGUCCAAUUGCAAGCAAGGCGCGAUAUUACGAGGCAGAAAAUACAGCAGAUUCAAUCAGAAGAGCAGUGCCAGAAAAAAGAAAGUUAUUGGAGCCGGUUGUGGCCACCUGUUACCGUUCCUCGCCGCUGCAGUUUGCAUGCUGAUCUUUCAGCUGAGGUUGUCUCCUUUAGUCAGCUCCUUGUCGCCGGCCAACGAGACCGCCUGGCCACCCAUGCGGCAUUACGAUAUCUGGGACGACGACUUGGGCGAGCCGGGCGAUGAGUUUUUGGCAGAGGAGCCUGACUUCAAGCUUCAAACCGGAAUACAAGAGGAACUGGACUUGGAGAUGGAACAACAGGACAUCUCUGAUCGGAGUUCCAACCAGACAACUAGCAGGCAGGGAAAGGUGAUUCACCUAUUCCCGGUUCCCGUUGAUGGUGACUGCAUGUCGAGCGAUGGUCGGCGGAUCGGCAACUGCCUAAAUGCCUACGAGUGCCGCCAGAAGGACGGACAGGCGAAGGGAGAGUGUGCCAUGGGAUUCGGUGUGUGCUGCGUAUUCUUGGCCAGCUGCAAUACGACGAUAACCAACAACAUCACCUACAUUGUAUCACCGGGAUUCCCCAGUUUUAUGCCCAGCAAUUUCAGUGGAUGCAGUUUGCGUGUAAAGAUGAUGAGCGAUGACAUCAGCCAGGUCCGGAUCGACUUCCAUCACUUUACAUUGGGUCAGCCGAAUAGAAGGACUGGCGUGUGCGAAGGGGACGCGUUUAGCAUAGGCGGAGGACCAGGUGGAACAUUCUCUCUUUGUGGGCAGAACAGUGGUCAGCAUUUGUACUACGACGUGGGGGCCAGAGCAUCGCCAAGGCAAUCUACUUUGUACGGAAGUUUACGUCCCGUGGAUGCAAGUAAUAGCACCAGCAACUCCACAACAACGGGCGAUCGCUUCAUUGACAUCAAUCUUAAUCUAUCUAGUCGGGUCCUACCUCUUCGUAUCUGGGAGAUGAGUGUGGUCCAAAUCCCAUUUAAUCAACGAGCUCCGGCGGGUUGUCUUCAAUAUCAUACCGGAGUUGAAGGCAUUAUGCAGACCUUUAAUUUCGCCGAAAAUGGACGACAUUUAGCAAAUCAGAAUUAUCGCAUUUGUGUACGACAGGAGGUGGACAUGUGCUCUAUUAUGUACCAACCAUGCGAUGAGCAAUCCUUCCGAAUUGGCGGUGGCGGACGAAUGGCAACCCGUGGAGGUGAAAGCGUUGAAGGAUCAUCGACAGUUUCUAGUUCCGCUGUAGCCCAGUCGGAUAUUGCGGGUGCAACAGCCACAGCUGGGAGUGCACAAAUGACCACCUCAGCUCCAACUUCUACUUCUACCCUUAUGCAGAUGCUGGCCAACAUGGCAAACUCGACCACGGCAACGUUAAUGACGAUGAUGACCGGAAAUUCCACCGCAGCUGUUAGUACUGCAUCAUCUCCUAGUAGCAGCACGGCAGCCAUGACGACCACAUCAACCACUCAAACACCGCUCCGUUCCAGUACAGAGGCUUCAACCACCACGGAAGCACCUUCACCUUCGCCAGCCAACGACGAUGUAGAGGGUUCGGGUGGCGAGGACGGAGAGGCUGGCGAUGAUGACGAUGACGGGUUCCUAUUCUUCAGGAGUCGACCCACCACAGAGGAACCGGGCGUAUCCAGACGUCCACGUCCAAGUGGAGGCUUCGACAUAAUGGGUAUCAUUCGCAAUGCUCUCGACUUGCCGCUUAAGUGGAGACGUCGCCAGGCUCGUCAGUUCUUCAGCACCUGCUCGGAUAGAAUUACAAUGCCGUGCAUCAUAGAGGAUUUCAUAGGAACUGGACUGGGCCCUCUUCCCGGAUGCGAACCAAUACACUGUGGAGCCCAGUUCUGCUCCUCGGGUGUAUGGCCAUGUCGCAUUGAAAGCACUGUUACUCCGUUUUAUAUAGGUGUUCACUUUGGCAAUGGCAUGGGCGCUGGAAAGGCGAAUGCAGAAGAUAAUGUGGGAGCCUGCCUACGCUAUUCCCAGGUUCAGUGCAUGUAAGGAUUAGCAAGUUAACCAAAGUACAUUUAGUUUUAGAGAACUGAGAGCGUACCAUAAGUUAUUAAUUUGCUUCGAACUAAUUAUU